UAUUUUGAGCUCAUUCAGCUCUUCUUCCAAUUUCUGGCUAGGAAAGCCCUUGCUGAGGCUCGAGCCAGACAAGAAGCUGUUGAGAAGGAGAGAGAUCGUUUGCUCAAAGAGUUGGCUCGAUCUGAGGCUAAACAGAGGGAUUAUGUAGAUGCUAUUAGGCAUGAUAAGGAGAUGGCCAUUUCAGAACUUGAGGCAGCGAAGUCCAUGUUUAAUCAGAAACUAGAGCAGUCUGUAGAGGAGAGGUUCAACUUGGAGUCUAAGCUGGUCCUUGCAAAACAAGAUGCCAUUGAGCUUGCAUGGCAAGUUGAGAAGUUGGCAGAGAUUGCUUUCCAGCAGGCAACCUCUCACAUUUUAGAAGAUGUACAGCUGAGAGUUUCAGCUGCUGAAACAUCUGCUGCUGAGGCAGCUUAUCAGAUUGAGGAACAAAUACGGAAUGCUACAGAAGGUACCAUAUUUUCUAUCGUCCAGCAGUCUAAAGAUGCCUUAGAGAAGGCUCUGGCUGUGGCAGAAUCAGCUGGUGACCAUACAAGAAAAGCCAUGUCAGCGUUUACAGAUGACAUGAGUUCUGUUGAACAUAUCACAUCUAUCCAGUCUCAAAAUGUUAAGUUACAAACUGUUGUUAAUGAUUUGGAAUCUCAGUUAUUGAUAUGUAAAAAUGAGGUUGAAAGGCUAAAAUUAGACUUUGAAACGGUGAGCCAACGUGCAGUUGCACUUGAAAACCAGGCAAACGAUGCUGAGAAAGCACUGCAUGCAUUUCAGGAAUCAAGUAGAACAACAGCCAUACAGCAGGAGCAGGAAAUCAACUCCUUAUUGGAAACAGCCAUACAGCAGGAGCAGGAAAUCAACUCCUUAUUGGAGAAAAUGAAAAAGGAAACUGCAGAAAAAAAGAGAGCAGCUUCAAAGGCCUUUAAAAAUGAACUCGAGAGUAUUAAGGCUGCUAUUGAAGCAGCAAAAGAAACAUCUCGUUCCCAAGAGGAAGCCUACAUGCGAAGAUGUGAUGCAUUGCAGAGAUCAUUGAAAGCAUCUGAAGCUGCUUCAAAGAUGUGGAGGCAAAGAGCAGAACUGGCUGAAGCUUUGUUAUUGAAUAAGACUUUGUCUGAAGGAGAGGAUGAGGAUGCUAUUUUUGUUGGUAGUGGUGGAAGGAUCAACUUACUGGUGGAUAAUGAUUCCAGAAGAGAUAUACCUGUCUGGAUGGCACGAAGGAUAAACUCCAUCUGUCCCAAGUUUCCACCUAGGAAGACAAAUAUAUCAGAAGUUAUGGCUUCAAGGUUUAAAUCUCUGCAAUUGCCUAAACCUGAUGAAGUAUGGUCAAUUGCCCAAGAAAAGCCAAAGGAAGGAGACAUACUCAUUGAACAUGUGAUUGAAAAAGAAGUCAUUGAGAAGAAAAGAAAAUCUUUGGAACGUGCUCUUCAAAGGAAGACGAUUAAAUGGCAAAGAACUCCAGAAGAAACAAAAUUAGAACCAGGAACAGGUACUGGACGUGAGAUAGUGGGUCAUUGGCCCUUUCCACGAGAUAAGCUCACUCAAGGAUAUGCAUAUAUAUUGACCCACCCUGGAACACCUGUGGUGUUCUAUGAUCAUUUCUAUGAUUUUGGAAUCCGGGACAUCAUAACUGAGUUAAUUGAGGCACGGAGGCGAGGUGGAAUCCAUUGUCGAAGCCCUGUGAAGAUUCUUCACGCAAACAAUGAUGGGUAUGUUGCCCAGGUUGGAGAUUCUGUGGUGAUGAAGCUUGGCCAUUUUGAUUGGAACCCUUCAAAGGAAGUUUACCUAGAUGGGACAUGGCAGAAGUUUGUUGACAAGGGCUCAGAUUAUCAGGUGUGGCUGAGGCAAUAAUAAUACUACAAAACCAACAGUUAGAGAGUACAGAGACAUGUUUUCUCCUCCCCCCAAUAAGGCAAUAAUGUUGCUACUUCCCAAUCUACUGCAACUUCAAAUUGUUGAUAAAUAUAUCCUAUUCAAUAUUUUAUUAAAAUAAGACAAAAUUUAAACUUAUCGUACUUUUGACUUAUCAUCACUUCGUUAUAUAUCAUUUGUAUGUUGUUAGCAUCA